GGGGCGCCAGGCACACAGGCAGUAAAUCGAUAAAACGAAGAAGAGGCUGGCGCAAAUAUGGCGCUCCGCAGUUUAACAUGUUUAGGAAGAAAUGCCCUUUAUUCUACCCUGUUUGCUCCAAAGCAGGUCCUGAGGAGCUGUUGGGCGGCUGUGGAGCAGGUGAGAGACUAUUAUGUAGACUGGAGGAUGCUCCGAGAUGUGAAGAGGAGACAAAUGGCCUUUGAUUAUGCUGAUGAAAGACUGCGGAUCAAUGCUAUCAGAAAAAACACCAUCCUGCCAAAGACACUUCAGGAGGUGGCAGAUAAGGAAAUAGCAGCAUUACCCAGGGACAGCUGCCCUGUGCGGAUACGCAAUAGGUGUAUAAUGACUUCAAGGCCAAGAGGAGUGAAACGAAGGUGGAGACUUAGCCGAAUCGUCUUUCGUGAUUUAGCUGACCACAACCAGAUGUCUGGUAUUCUCAGAGCAAGAUGGUGAUACUACAAAUUGUUAAGAGACUUGUUUCUCUCUAACUCAUCGUGGUUUAUUCAAAUGUGGACAGUCAGUGUAAUGGUGGGCAAUAUUAUGACCACAGAUAAAAUGAUGAUAUACUAUCCUUUUCUUUGUAAAUAUAUUUUCAUUGUUAAUAAAUAUUAAUUGAAUUUAAAUGCA